CAGUCACAGUUAGCUCCGCCUCUUGUUCGUUAGCAUUGGCUAAUGGCGGAGCUUCUUAUGCUACCGUUAACACCAUUCGUCGCCGCACCCGUUUCAUGCCAGCUUUGGGGCGGAAAGUUCCCGUCUUAUUCAUGAGGCGGGUCUACUGCGCGGUUGUAGAUUUUCAUUGGAGUUAUUUCUCUCUGAGGCUUGACUAAAAACCGUCUUCUCGUAGCUGGUUGGCCUGCUAGCAGGAAGCCCCUCUCCUGGGCUGAAGCCGUCGCGUUGCCCUCACUGCUCUCUGUCUAUUUUAUUCUCACCAAGAAGUGUGAGUGCGGCUCCACUGUGAGAGCGGUGCAAUGAUAAAAGCCGCAUAUGCGGUAGGCUACACACCUAUCAGGCAGGAAAAUACCCACGAAACAGCCUCACCCCGGUUCUCCUCGCACCACAGCCUUAUCCACGACUCAGAGCGGAACCUGAAGUGCCAGUAGAACCAUGUCCAGGCCAACGGGGGGCGGUGCCAACGAUGUCACCCGCUUCCUGUCAUCGGGGGCGGCGCCAGCGCCAGGGUCUCCCACCUCCAACUCUGCGUUCCCCGCCGCCAGCCAGGCUGACUGGGCAGCUAAGAGGCUGGUGUGGGUGCCGUCAGAGAAGCAUGGCUUUGAGUCGGCUAGUAUUCGGGAAGAGCGCGGUGAUGAGGUGGAGGUUGAGCUGACAGACAGCCAGCGGCGGAUCACUCUGUCCAGGGAGGAGGUGCAGCGGAUGAACCCCCCGCGCUUCAGUAAAGUGGAGGACAUGGCCGACCUCACCUGCCUCAACGAAGCCUCGGUGCUGCACAACCUGAGAGAGAGAUACUACUCUGGCUUGAUCUAUACAUAUUCAGGCCUGUUCUGUGUGGUGGUGAACCCUUACAAGAACCUGCCCAUCUACACAGAGGCCAUCGUAGAGAUGUACCGGGGCAAAAAACGCCACGAGAUGCCCCCGCACAUCUACGCCAUAUCAGAGGCCGCCUAUCGCAGCAUGCUGCAAGACAGAGAAGAUCAGUCAAUCCUCUGCACAGGCGAGUCUGGAGCUGGUAAAACAGAGAACACUAAGAAAGUUAUCCAGUAUUUGGCUCACGUUGCCUCCUCCCAUAAGGGUGGCACUCUGGGUAGGAACAAGGAAGCUGUACAGAUGGAUGGCUCUCGGUCCUUAACAAGAGGCAGUACUUUGGUGAACAGGAGUAUGCAAUAUGGCGAGCUGGAGAGACAGCUGCUGCAGGCCAACCCCAUACUGGAGGCCUUCGGCAACGCAAAGACUGUCAAGAACGACAACUCCUCUAGAUUUGGUAAAUUCAUCCGCAUUAAUUUUGACGUGGCAGGGUACAUUGUUGGUGCCAACAUUGAGACCUACCUCCUCGAAAAGUCCCGGGCCACCCGUCAGGCUAAAGAUGAGAGGACAUUCCACAUCUUUUACCAGUUGUUGUGUGGAACUUCAGAGGAGACAAGAGCGGACUUGCUCUUAGGAACUGCUGAUGAGUACCGCUUUCUUAGUGGAGGAUCCAUCCCCGUUCCUGGUCAGAGCGAUUCAGAGAACUUCACCCAGACCAUGGACUCCAUGGCUAUAAUGGGCUUCACCCCAGAGGAGUCGAUAUCCAUGCUUAAGGUGAUCUCUGCUGUGCUCCAGUUUGGGAACAUUUCCUUCAUGAAGGAGAAGAACCAGGACCAGGCCUCAAUGCCUGAUAACACAGCUGCUCAGAAAUUGUGCCAUCUGCUGGGUAUCAACGUGCUGGAGUUCACUCGGGCCAUCCUCACUCCCAGAAUCAAAGUGGGUCGAGAGUAUGUGCAAAAGGCCCAGACGAAAGAACAGGCUGACUUUGCUGUGGAGGCCUUGGCGAAGGCCACAUACGAGCGUCUGUUCAGAUGGCUGGUCCACAGGAUCAACAGAGCUCUAGACCGCAGACAGAGACAGGGAGCCUCCUUCAUAGGCAUCCUUGAUAUCGCUGGAUUUGAGAUCUUCCAGCUAAACUCCUUUGAGCAACUGUGUAUCAACUACACCAACGAGAAGCUGCAGCAGCUCUUCAACCACACCAUGUUCAUCUUGGAGCAGGAGGAGUACCAGCGGGAGGGCAUUGAGUGGAACUUCAUCGACUUUGGCCUGGACUUACAGCCCUGCAUUGACCUCAUCGAGAAACCAACCCAUCCGCCUGGUGUUCUGGCCCUGCUGGACGAAGAGUGCUGGUUCCCCCGGGCAACAGACCGCUCAUUUGUGGAGAAGCUGUCUGCUGAGCAAGGCAGCCAUCCAAAAUUCUUCCGAUCAAAGCAGCCACGCGGGGAAGCUGACUUCUCCAUCAUUCACUAUGCUGGCAAGGUGAACUAUAAGGCAGAUGAUUGGUUAGUGAAGAACAUGGAUCCUUUGAACGACAACGUGGCGUCUCUUCUCCAUCAGUCGUCAGAUCAUUUCGUCUCAGAGCUUUGGAAGGAGGAUAUUCAAACUCUUCCUCGUGUGUACUUCUUUGACUCCUAUGCCACACUACAGGCUAAUGGCUCCGACAUGGAUAGGAUUGUGGGUCUGGACCAGGUGUCGUCGGGAGAGAACAGUGGGCCGGUCACAUUCGGAGCGGCAGGACUGAAAACGAAGAAGGGAAUGUUCAGGACUGUUGGUCAGCUUUACAAGGAGUCUCUCACGAAGCUGAUGGCCACACUGAGGAACACCAACCCUAACUUCCUCCGCUGCAUCAUCCCAAACCACGAGAAGCGGGCCGGUAAGCUGUCCCCCAACCUGGUUUUGGACCAACUGAGGUGUAAUGGAGUUCUGGAGGGGAUCCGUAUCUGCAGACAAGGCUUCCCCAACCGCAUCCCAUUCCAGGAGUUCAGACAGAGAUAUGAGAUCCUGACUCCUAAUGCUAUUCCUCGCACCUUCAUGGAUGGCAAACAGGCAUCAGAACUCAUGAUCAGGGCUUUGGAACUGGAUCACAACCUGUUCAGGGUGGGUCAGAGUAAAGUCUUUUUCAGAGCUGGAGUCCUGGCUCACCUGGAAGAAGAAAGAGACCUAAAGAUCACAGACACCAUCAUACGCUUCCAGAGCGCCUCCAGAGGCUACCUCGCACGCAAAGCCUUUCUGAAGAAGCAGCAGCAGCUGAGCGCGCUGAGGGUGAUGCAGAGGAACUGUGCUGCGUACCUUAAACUAAGGAACUGGCAGUGGUGGCGGCUGUUCACCAAGGUGAAGCCCCUGCUGCAGGUGACCCGGCAAGAUGAGGAGAUCCAGGUUAGGGAAGCCCAACUCCAGAAGGUCAAGGACAGUCUCACCCGAGCGGAGCAGAACUACAUAGAUCUGGACAGGAAACACGCUCAGCUGAUUGAGGAGAAGGCAGUGCUGGCUGACCAGCUGCAGGCGGAGGCAGAGCUGUUUGCAGAGGCAGAGGAGAUGAGGGCCAGGUUGGCCAGUCGUAAACAGGAGCUGGAGGAAGUGCUGGGCGAGCUGGAGAGUCGAUUGGAGGAAGAGGAGGAGAGAGGUGUACAGAUGACCAAUGAGAAGAAGAGGAUGCAGCAGAAUAUACAGGACCUGGAGGAGCAGUUAGAGGAGGAGGAAAGUGCCCGACAGCGCCUCCUGCUGGAGAAGGUUACCUUAGAGACCAAAGUGAAGAGUCUGGAAACGGACCUGCUGAAUGCAGUGGAGCAGAGAGACCGACUCAGCAAGGAGAAGAAACAGUUUGAGGAGCGUCUGAGUGAGGUGACUGAUCAGCUCACAGAGGAAGAGGAGAAAUCCAAAAGUCUGAACAAACUCAAGAACAAACAGGAUGCUGUCCUCGCUGACCUAGAGGAGCGCCUGAAGCGUGAGGAACAGGGUCGCCUGGAGCAGGAGAAGUGGAGGAGGAGGAUGGAGAGCGAGUCGGUGGAGGCCCAGGAGCAGCUGUCAGACCUGGGCAUGCUGGCCGCUGAGCUCAGGGGCAGUCUGGCUCAGAAGGAGAAGGAAAUCACCACCCUGCAGGGCCGGUUGGAGGAAGAAGGAGCGCGUCGUGCAGAAGCUCAGAGGGCGCUGAGGGAGGCCAUGUCCCAGCUGUCUGAGCUGAAGGAGGAAGUGGAGAAUGAACGAGGGAUGAGGGAAAGGGCAGAGAAACAGAGGCGAGACCUGGGGGAGGAGCUCGAGGCUUUGAGAACUGAGCUGGAGGACACUCUGGACACCACCGCUGCCCAGCAGGAGCUAAGGUCUCGCCGGGAGGCAGAGUUAAAUGAGCUCCAGCGGUGCAUUGAAGACGAGACUCGCCGCCACGAGGCCCAGCUGUCAGAACUCCGAAUCAAACACAGCGCUGCCAUAGACAGCCUCCAGGAACAGCUGGACAACAGCAAGAGAGCACGUCAGUCCCUGGAGAAGGCCAAGGCAGUGCUGGAGGAAGAGAGGCAGAAUUUGACCUCCGAGCUCAAGAGCCUCCAAGGGGGCCGCAUGGAGAGCGAGAGAGGCCGCAAGAGAGCCGAGGUUCAACUGCAGGAGCUCAGCGCCCGACUGGCUCAGGCUGACAGAGAGAGGGAGGAGAGGGAAGAGCGAGUGCACAAGCUACAGUGUGAGAUUGAGGCUAUCUCCAGCAAUUUGUCCUCCUCUGACACCAAAUCCCUUCGGCUCUCGAAAGAGGUCAGCAACCUGGAGAGUCAGCUGCAUGAUGCAAAGGAAUUGCUGCAGGAUGAAACGCGUCAAAAGAUGGCUCUGGGCUCAAGGGUGCGAGCGCUGGAGGAGGAGAAGAACGGACUGAUGGAAAGACUCGAGGAGGAGGAGGAGAGAGCCAAAGAGUUGACCCGGCAGAUUCAGACUCAUACACAGCAGCUGGCAGAGCUUCGUAAGCAGUCAGAGGAGGUGAACACUGCGGUGGAAGCCGGAGAGGAGACGCGCCGGAAACUCCAGAGAGAGCUGGACAGCGCCAUCCAGAGGGAGCGACAGAAGGAGGAGGAGAAGGAUAGAGUGGAGAGGCAGAGGGAGCGACUGAGGGAGGAGAUAGAGGACAUGACACUUGCCCUGCAGAGAGAGAGACAGAACUGCACAGCCCUGGAGAAGAGGCAGAAGAAGUUCGAUCAGUGUCUGGCUGAGGAGAAGGCGGUGAGCGCUCGGCUGGCAGAGGAAAGGGACAGAGCGGAAGCAGACAGCCGAGAGAAGGAGACAAGAUAUCUGGCACUUUCCCGAGCCCUGCAGGAGGCCCAGGACCAGAGGGAAGAGCUAGAGAGGGCCAACAAGCAGCUCCGCCUGGAAAUGGAACAGCUUGUAAACCAGCAAGAUGAUGUUGGCAAGAACGUCCACGAGCUGGAGCGGACCCGGAGGACCUUAGAAACAGAAGCCCAGAACCUGCGAGUUCAGACGCAGGAGCUAGAGGAGGAGCUGUCUGAGGCGGAGAACUCGAGGCUGAGGUUGGAGGUCACCCUGCAGGCCCUCAAGGCUCAGUUUGAGAGGGAAAUAAGCACCAGCGAGGAGAAGGGAGAGGAGAAGAGGAGGGCGCUCAGCAAACAGGUGAAGGAGUUGGAGAUCCAGCUGGAGGAGGAGAGGAGUCAGCGGUCUCAGUCUGUGUCGUCCAAGAAGCAGCUGGAAGCAGAACUGCAGGAAGCCGAGGCCCAGGUGGAGGCAUCCACCCGUGGAAAAGAGGAGGCUGUGAAGCAGCUACGGAGGCUGCAGGGUCAAAUGAAGGAAGUUCUGCGUGAGCUAGAUGAGGCCAAGUUGACUCGGGAUGAGGUGAUCGCACACUUGAAAGACAGCGAAAAGAAGAUCCAAACACUGGAAGCAGAAGUCCUGCAGUUCACUGAGGAGCUUUCUGUAUCAGAGAGGCAGAGGAGACAGGCUCAGCAGGAGAGAGAUGAGAUUGCAGAUGAGAUGGUCAACAGCAGUUCUGAAAAGACGGCACUGUUUGAAGAGAAGCGGAGGUUAGAUGCACGAGUCAGUCAGCUGGAAGAGGAGCUGGAGGAGGAGCAGAAUAACUCUGAACUGCUAGCGGAGAGACAAAGGAAGACUGCUCUACAGGUGGAGACUCUGACGGUGCAGCUGCAGGGAGAGAGGACUCUGGCCCAGAAGGCAGAGGCGGCUCGGGAGCAGCUGGAGAGGCAGAACAAGGAGCUGAAGGCCCGACUGGGGGACAUGGAGGGAGCAGUGAGGGGCAAACACAGGCUCAGCGUCGCCGCUCUCGAGGCCAAGAUAGAGUCGAUGGAGGAGCAGCUGGAACAGGAGAGACAGGAACGAGCCAUGGCCAGCAAACUGGUGCGGAAGACAGAGAAGAAACUGAAGGAGGUGAUGAUGCAGGCAGAGGACGAGAGGAGACAUGCAGACCAGUACAGAGAACAGCUGGAUAAGUCAAUGGUCCGCCUGAAGCAACUGAAGAGGCAGCUGGAGGAGGUGGAGGAGGAGAACUCUCGCUCCAACGCCCAGAAGAGGAAACUGCAGAGGGAGCUCGAAGAGCUCACUGACAGCGGUCAGAGCAUGACGCGAGAGAUCACCUCUCUCCGCAGCCAGCUCAGCAUCCCUGAAUGGAGACCAGAUAAACGUGCUCCGUUGCCCCUGGCAAUACGUGGACGCAGAGCGCUGGUCGACGACCUCUCAUUGGAGAACUCUGACUCAGAGGAGCCCCCCGCCUCACCGACCCCCUCCUCUGGACUCCCAGGGACCCCGACUCCCUCCUCUGAACACAGCCUGGAUCCUCCGCCGCCCUACAGCGUCAAUAACGCAGAGUGACCCACACAUAGACUCACAUAAUGUACUCACCACACACACACACACACACACACACACACACACACACACACACACACACACACACACACACACACACAAACACAUGCACACAUCUGCCUCUCACAGCCUCGACCACUCAGCGGUGAAGGAGCGACAUGCACACAGUACAUCACAACACUGUAGUUUAUAAAGGUAAACAAUUUGGGAUGCACACAUCUGGCGCUAUAACUAUAAAACAACCUCACUGACAAACAGAAAAAGUGUAAAAAUUAGAUUUUACAGAGGCAACUGGAAUUGAUUUUUAUUUUAUACCAAACUGUGACAUAAAAAAACAACAUAACAAAGACUGGAAAUUUCUACAUUACAUCUCUGUAAUGCACUUCUGAGAAACUAAACUACAUCUCCCAGAGUUCCAGGGGGAAAGUGAAUUAUUAUCAACUAAUGUCAUGAUGCUGUACAGUAAUUAGAGGGCAGAAAACAUUAUGAUGGUCAUGUCUUUUACAUUAGGAGGUAUUUCAAAACUAAGCCAUGUUUAAGCCUUUGAUGAGGAUUGAAAAUAAAUACAAUCUUAUUUCACAAAGGGCUGCUGGAGGGUGAAAAUACUUCUGAAAGGUGUUAAGACAAUCUAUGUACAUGUUACAUAAAGUAGUCAAUGAGAGAAGUUAAAUACACACAUGGAACAGAGGAUUCACAUUUUUACAAGUGUUUAUUAAGUGUAAAUGUGAUUUCUGACAUUUUCGUGUCAGUUUAAAAAACAAACGAGAAACUUGAAAUCAUCUGAAAUAACAAAGAUAAAAUAGUGGAGGACAGACAAUAUGAAGACAAUGGCGGACAUCUUGGGUGAGUUAGCAAAAGAGAAAUGGCAAUUAGUAACCAAUAUUUAAUUAAAUUGGAAAUGGUUGAUCAGAAAAUGGGAAGCAUUACAAUAAGUUCCAUAACAUAUUGAUCUCAUUUUCAUAUACUUUAUAAAAAUUGUAGAGACACAAAUAACUGACCACAAAAGACAGCCUACAUGCAGUACAGCUGCACUAAAGUUGUAUUAAGUGAUAAAUCCUUUUUCUGUAGAUUAGAAACGGUAUGUUAUUAGACAAAGCAGUAGGUAGUAUUAGAUAGUUUCUUUAACUAAAGUCUUCACAUAUUGCUUCAGAAAUUUGUAUAAUUUAUAUCCAAUGUGAACUUAAGUUAUUGAUCGCUGGUUAUUUUCUGUACGACUCCGUCUUGUGGGGAAGCAUGUUAGUCUGAUUAUUUCUGCUCCUGCUGGCCCUGAACUUGGUUACAUUCAUGGUUCAGACUUGUUUCAGUCAGUGUCAUAGCAUCAGGUCUCAGAGGUGAAUUUGCAUGGAAAACCUUUCUGGUGGAUAACUGGUUUGAGUGUCUACCACAGCAGCAUAACUACAAACAACCUGUGGAGAACUGUAUUAAUUGAUAUUUUUAUCCAAAGCAGAACAAAUUGUGACUAUGGAUCUCUUUUUUUUUUCUUCUUGUUUUAGACUGAUAAACACAUCACAUUUUAUUUUGACAAGCAUCUUGUACAUUAUAAUUUAUAUUUUUACUGAGUAACUGUGUAAAUUAUUGAUCAAACAAAGAUUUUGUGUUAAACCAAAUGGUGGGCGUAUGGAUGAGAAAAAGGGACUUAAAUUAGUAGUAAACGUAGAGUAGCUGUAGAAUAGAGUAGAUGACAAGGUUUUCUACUAUCAUCCAGUGACUUAACUGGAGUUAUUCUUAGUAGAAUAAACUCAGUCUCUGCUCACAGUUCCUGUGUAGACGAUUGUAGAAUAACUGAACACGAGAUUCAAAGCAUUUUCAGAUACUAGUAGUAUUAGAUCAAAAAUGACAAUGGAGGCACUGAGGAAUUAAUUUUUAUGAAGCAAACCACAAGUAGAACAAAACGUUGAUUUUUUUUUACCCUAGCUAUCAACUCAAAAUGACAUGCGUGUGUGUGUGGUGUCAACCAGACACAAGCAUCUUGAUGACCCUGCUGUGAAACAGACAAUGUUUUUGUCAGACCUGGUUUUAAAGAUGUUUUUCUUUAGGUGAAACAUCUCCAUUUUCCUCUGCAUGUUUUAUUUAUUGUUUAACAGAUGAUGGUCUUUUUUCAAUUUUAUUUUUGCUUAUGACCUUCUUCAGCACCUGUUUGCCUGUCAUACCUUUAAGGCUGUCCAGGAAGUUAAUGUGAAGUCUAGUUUUUGACUGAGACACACAUAGCAAUGUUUUCAAGGAAUAGUUUAACAUUUUGGGAAAUUCGCUUUCUUGCGUGGAGUUAAAUGAGAAGAUCGAUACCACUUUCAUGUCUGUACGGUAAAUAUAAAGCUACAGCCAGCAGCCGCUUAGCUUAGCAUAAAGCCUGGAAAUGUGGGAAUAGCUAGCCUACCAGCACCUCUAAAGCUCAACAAUUAACACGUGUAUUGUAAAAACAAGUUGCGUUUUUACAGGCGGUUUUACAGGCAGUUAUGUGCUGGACUUUCUCUUGGCCAAGAAGUAGUACGGCACAUAACAUGCCUAUAAAACUACUACUUGUCGUUUUUACAUUUAGUGUUUUAUAAGAAUUAAACCUACAAGAUAAAAUGUUUCAACUGGAGAGCCUUUGAAGUGCUGGUAUGUGGGUUUUAUUACCUGGAGGCAGGGCCAGGCUAGCUGUUUCCCCCUGUUUCCAGUCUUUGUGCUAAGCUAAGCUAAAGGUUUUCUGCCAGUGGUUCCAUAUUUUUUGUACAGACGAUGAGAAUGAUAUUGAUCUUCUCGUCUAACUAUGACAAAAAAAAGCAAAUAAGCCUAUUUCCCAAAAUGUAGAACAAUUCCUUUAAACUAGAAAGAAUGUCACUGGCGCUUUAACUUUCAACUGGAACUAAAGAAAGAUAAAGAUUGUGUUGCUGAAAUCACAAAUGUUCCUGGAAUUGCUCUGAAUGUUUUCUUUUGAUUCUGGUUAUGUAUAAACUAUAUGGCAAAGGAUUAAUGAUCAUGUUUGGUGUUUACCGUUGAUUACGCACAGGACCAGUUCAGUAGUUGUCAGUAAUCAGUUGUCAUUACUGCUCCCUCUUCUUCCUUCUGAUUUAAAUUAACAGGUGUAUAUUUUAAUGAAACAAAGCUAACAUCUGCACUGACAAAACAAACAAUAAGCAUGUACAGUCCUAACGUCCCAUGUGUAUCCAUAUUUUCAGACAUGUUUAGCUUUUUUUUCUUUCUUUUUUUGCCAUGCCAGGUUCAUCAUGAUUCGCAGUUAGUGACAGGUGAAGAAAGAUCAAACCAGUUGGGUCAAGAAAGAAUUUGACUACUGACAACAUAUAUUAAACACCCUAUUAAAGGGCUUUAUUUUUUAUUUUCUGUAUGUACAAUUCUUUUGUUUUAGCAAUAUGCAAAGGAUUUUUGUUUGAAGCUUAGUUUUUUAAGAUAUUGUGUAAAUGCUGCACUUUACACAUUACUAGUGGAGAUAAACACAGCCAGACGUUGUCAUUACGUUACGUCUGCCUUGUCGGGUUGUUAUUUAUCUCAAAGAGGCCGACAUAGCAUUAAGCCAAAUGAGCUGACAUCACGUGACACGAUACAAUCUGUCACUCUGAACUGUUCACUUAAAUGUCGUAUCAACGUCUAAACGUGGCGACUUUGUUCACGCCUUGAUAGACCAAAAUCUGAAGAUGGGUGGAUUGAACUGCUGGAACGAGAACAGAUGAGUUCUGUUAAUCUGUAGCAAGAAACAAGGCCGGUGCUUCUCUAAGGUGUUAUUUUUCUCUCUGUGUUUGUUUAUGGCUACUGUGGAACUUGAAACAUUUUGGAAAAAUGUGUUUUAUUGUUUUAGCCUUUUUUUUGUUAAUGAUGCUGUAAUUAUAAAACAUCUGACUGGGGUUAACUUUAAUAUAUGUCGUUGAUUUUGA